ACAACUUUCCUUUCAGUUUCAGAUUCCUUCCGUUUCCCUCCUCUUCUUCAGUUCUCCGUCCGUCCUUGUGUUAUCUUCUGUUCAUUAUUGCUAACCAACGCCGUACAAUUGCAGCAAGACGGCGCCCGCCACGGCGGCGAUGGUGCUAGAUCUGGAUGAAUAACAAAUGUAUCAACCAAAGGGUGUUCCAAGUUCGAGUUUAGUCCGUAAUAACUCUUCAGUUCAUGUUCAGCAUUUAGACUGUAGUGCCACUGCCAAUCCAAUGGAUCACAUUAGUGGAGGGAACAACCUCAGCAACAACCCGAAUCUUGCAUCAAAGCAACGCUUGCGUUGGACACAUGAGCUUCAUGAACGCUUUGUUGAUGCUGUGGCACAACUAGGUGGACCAGAUCGGGCUACACCCAAAGGUGUCCUUAGAGUCAUGGGGGUACAAGGUUUGACAAUAUAUCAUGUCAAGAGUCACUUGCAGGUAUGAAAAAACCUUGUGUAAAGAGAAAACUAAAAUGAACUUAACUCAUUGAAUCAUAAACAUCAAUUGUUCUUUUCCCUUCUUUUAUUCAACCAAAUCACUCUUACCCAGCAGACACCCCUAGAUCUAUAAUUUCAUGUGGCCAAAUCCUCUAGUCAUCCUUCUUUAGUCUCUGUUAAGAGGUGACAAAGUUAUGAAGAAUGUCAAGACUGACUUUUCUAUCAGCAAAAUUUUGACAAAGUAUAGUAUCUGAAUCCAAUGUAGGAUAUAUGAGACAAGCAUUAGGAAGUAAAUAUGUUUUUUUAUCUGGAGCUUAACAACACACACAGUGUGCACCAUGCAUAUGCAAACACGCAUCCCAACCAAAAAGUGUCCAGAGUUAAAU